AUGCCUCGCAGACAAACUCAGUUGCGGGGUCCAAAGGACAAGGACCCGUCUUCCAAAAAACCGGCACCCAAAAAGAACACUGGGAAAAAAGCACUGAAUGCGCUGUCAAUCGCAGAAAGCCAAGUAACCGAUAAAUUAGGAGUAAGGCGCAACCGCUUAGGCAAGAUCCAUGACCCUUCCAAGCGCAAACGGAACCCCAACCGUGAUAUGGACGACUCGGAUGGCCCUGAUAACAAACGGCGUCGAUUUGGGGGUGAUGAUGAAUCAGAACUGAGCAGUAAUGCCGGCAGUGACGGGGAAGGACACAGAUGGAGAUUGGGCCAAGUUGACAGCGAUGACGACGAAGAGUUGGACAGUGACGAGGCCUUGGGCACAAGCGACGAAGAACGCUUUGAGGGCUUUACGUUUCGCGGAAGCUCGACAACCAAUGCCGGGUCGAAACCGAAACCAAAGAAAUCCAAACGCGUGCGCGAAAUCAACCUAGACGAGGAUGUCGAGGAAUCAGAGGAGGAAGACGAAGAUAUGGACGAAGAUGACGAUCUUGGAGAGGAUGCCAUCGAUCUUACUACUGCCUGGGAUCUGAAUACAGCUGAGGAGGAGAAGGAAAAGGCAGCCGCAUCUAAAAAGAAGCAGGCUGAACCGGAUGAGUCGGAGGAAUAUGACUCGGAUAGCGAAGAGAACGACGAUGGAUCUGACGAGGAAAGCGGGCUAUCAAUGUCAGGUGACGAGGCUGAAGUAGAUGAGCAUGGUCUUUCGAAACUACAGAGCUUCGUCAAUGCCUUGGAGCCAGAAUCUACGAACAAGCCAUCUCGGAGAGCAGGAGGCGCGCAAGAGCACGCGAAGCCUACGGAAUACGGACUGACCUCGUCACGAAAGCUUACUGUUGCCGACCUCUUGCCCUCCAUCACCGACUCCCGUCUAAAGAGCUCAUUAAAACAUGUUGACGCGACCCCGUCUUCUCACAAGCAGUCAUCUGGAAUACCUGGUAAACUGGAUGCGCCCCUGGCAAAACGUCAACAAGAUCGGCUGGACCGAGCAGCAGCAUACGAAAAGAGCAAAGAGACAUUGAACCGCUGGCUCGAGACUGUCAAGGCUAAUCGACGAGCGGAACACCUGAUGUUCCCUCUACCUGACCCCGAUGCCCAGCAAAUACAUCGAAUCGGCCCUACGAAGCCGCAGACGGAUCUCGAAGCUACGAUUCACAAUAUCCUGGUUGAAAGUGGUCUUGCGGAUCCGAGCGGCAAAUCCACUGAGGAGCAGGUUCAGGAAUUUGAGGAGCUUCAGGCACGAAAGUUGCCUAUUGAGGAAAUCAGAGCUCGUCGAGCAGAGUUGCGCAAGCAACGAGAUUUGCUCUUCCGUGAAGAAGUACGGGCCAAGCGAAUCAAGAAGAUCAAAAGCAAGUCGUAUCGCCGUGUGCAUCGCAAGGAGCGCGAGCGUCUACAGCAGCAGGAAAGACAAGCUCUUCUGGAAGCUGGCGUGGACUUGGAGGAGGAAGAUCGAGAGAUGAAUGAGCGCCGCCGAGCUGAGGCUAGAAUGGGCGCCAAACUCAAGGAUAGCAAGUGGGCAAAGAGCCUCAAACAGACUGGCCGUACCGCUUGGGACGAGGACGCUCGACGCGGUGCAGCAGAGCAGGCCCUGAAGGAAGAAGAGCUGCGGAGGAGAAUUGAAGGGAAGAGUGUUUCCCGAGCGGAUGAGGAUUACCUGGGUUCCUCCAGUUCAGAGUCGGAAGACGAAGAUCCUUGGGCAGAAGAUGCAGGCUCGGAUGCUGAGAAGCAGAAACUACGCAAGAAACUUGAGGGGCUGGAGAGGGAUGAUGUGGAUGCCUCAGAGAUAACUGGUCCACAUGCAAAACUUUUCUCCAUGAAAUUCAUGCAGAACGCAGAGGCUGCACGCAAAGCCGAGAAUGAUGCUGAAAUUCGACGACUCAACCGAGAACUCCGCGGCGAAGAAGAGUCGCAGUCUGAAGCAGAGUCUGAGGUUGGUCGGCGUAAAUUCGGUCAGUCUCAGGAUGACAAAUCUGGCAAGGACAUGAAACAAAAAUCGUUGCCCAGGACUGAGUUUGAAGAGGCGCCAGGUUCCGAUGAUGAGGCCGACGCCGCGCCUGAUCAAGAGGUCGGCAUUGUCGUCAAUCAGUUUAACAAGAAGAAAUCAUCUGAGCGCUCGGGAAAGCCCCAGAGUGCGCGGCCAUCUGGUGGCGCACCUGAGCAAAAGGCGACUACUAUAGAAGAGGAGAAUCCUUGGCUAGUGACAAAACGAAACAACCGUCGCGCAACAGCGGAUGAUUCACAGCAGAUCAUCGAUGCCACUCUUGGCGCCGAGACAGUCGAGGCUCCUAAGAAACAGAAGGAUAAGCCGAUUGUCAGCUCUACAUUAGGCCAAGCCGAGGACGACAAUGGCAGCGAUGACGAGGAGAGUGUGCCAGUCCUGCUCAAGAAUCAUGAUCUUGUGAAGAGAGCGUUCGCUGGAGAUGAGGUAGUCCAAGAGUUCGAGCAAGACAAGCUCGAAACCAUCGAAGAGGAGGGUGACAAGGUCAUCGACGAGACCCUUCCUGGAUGGGGCAGCUGGACCGGUCAAGGAGUCAGCAAGAGGGAGCAAAGGCGACAGAAGAAGGUCCUGACCAAGGUUGAAGGUGUCAAGCCUGAGAACCGAAAGGAUGCAAAGCUUUCUCGGGUCAUUAUCAACGAGAAACGCAUCAGGAAGAACACCAAGUAUAUGGCGACUCAACUUCCUCAUCCUUUCGAGACCAAGGCACAGUACGAAAGAUCAUUGCGCCUCCCCAUUGGCCCUGAAUGGUCUACCAAGGAGACAUUGCAAAACGCAACCAAGCCUCGCGUGAUGAUCAAACAGGGCAUCAUCAAGCCGAUGGAGAAGCCCAUGAUUUAA